GCGGCACGCGCGGCUGCCCAGGACUGGACUAGCUGAGGGCGCUCAGAGGAGGCGGCGGCGGCGGCGCAGCAGCAGCAGCAGCAGCAGCAGCAGCAGCAGCAGCAGCAGCAGCAGCAGUAGUAACUAUGAGGGUCCGCGGCGGGGUGAUUCACUGUAGGUGCUCCAAGUGUUUUUGUCUUCCUUCAAAGCGAAGAAUAAAAAAGAGGCCCCGAGUCUUAACUCUAUUGAGUCUCCCUGAAGAUGUCCUCUUUCAUAUACUGAAAUGGCUUCCUGCGGAGGACAUUCUUGCCAUCAGAGCUGUACAUCCACAUCUUAAGUAUCUUGUAGAUAACCAUGCCAGUGUGUGGGCAUCUGCAAGCUUUCGGGAGAUGUGGCCUUCUCUGGAGAACCUAAAGCUUUUUGAAAGGGCUGCUGAAAGUGGUAAUUUUGAAGCUGCUGUGAAGCUGGGGAUUGCCUACCUCUACAAUGAAGGCUUGUCUAUUUCUGAUGAGGGUCGUGCAGAAGUGAAUGGAUUAAAAGCAUCACGUUUCUUCAGCUUAACGGAACGCCUGAAUGUUAAUGCUGCUCCAUUUAUCUGGCUAUUUAUUCGCCCUCCAUGGUCUGUGUCUGGGAGCUGCUGUAAAGCUGUUGUCUUUGAAAGCCUCAAAGCAGAAUGUCAGUUUCAAAAAGUUCAUAAAGGAUCAAUACUAUAUUGUUUGGGUAAAGUUUUGAGCCUUUUUGAGGAUGAAGACAAAAGAAAAGAAGCACUUGAAAUGUUUGAGGCAUCAUCUAAUCAGGGAUGUUUAAAUAGUUCUUACCUCCUUUGGGAAAGUAGUCAGAGGACUGCUAUGUCAGACCCUGGAAGAUACCUCCAGAGCCUCCGGAAACUCAGGGACUAUGCCACCAAGGGCUGUUGGGAAGCACAGAUAUCUUUAGCCAAAGCUUGUGGAAAUGGAAACCAGCUUGGAUUAGAAGCAAAAUCUUCGAAUGAAGUGGUGUUGCAGCUCUUUCAGGCUUCUCACCCUGUCAGUAAAGAGAGCAUCUUCACUGUGCAGAAGGGAAUGAAUGACACAAUGAGGUAUAUUUUGAUUGACUGGCUAGUAGAAGUUGCCACCAUGAAGGAUUUUACAAGCCUCUGCCUUCAUAUGACAGUGGAAUGUGUGGAUCGUUACCUAAAGCUGAGAGUGGUGCCUCGAGCCAAGCUGCAGCUUCUGGGAAUUGCUUGCAUGGUCAUUUGUACCCGUUUCAUUAGCAAAGAGAUCUUGACAAUUCGUGAAGCGGUUUGGCUAACAGAUAACACUUAUAAAUAUGAAGAUCUAGUAAGAAUGAUGGGAGAGAUCAUUUCUGCCCUGGAAGGAAAGAUACGAAUUCCUACUCUUGUAGAUUACAAAGAAGUGCUAGUGAAUGUAGUCCCGACAGAGAGAAGAACUCUUCACCUGUACAGCUUUAUCUGUGAACUCUCCCUGUUGUAUACGAGCCUGUCUGUGUACUCCCCAGCGCAUCUGGCUGCUGCAGCCCUGUUGCUGGCCAAGCUGAUGCAUAGGCAAGCACAUCCCUGGACAAGUCAGUUGUGGGAAUGCACUGGAUUCUUCUAUGAAGACCUGAUACCCUGCGUUUUGAGCCUUCACAAAAAAUGCUUCCAUGAUGAUGCCCCAAAGGAUUAUAGGCAAGUUUCCUUGACAGCUGUGAAACAACGUUUUGAGGAUAAACGAUAUGAAGGAAUUGGCCAAGAAAAGGUAAUGGGUUAUGGCCAGUUGUGCAAAUUAUUAGGAGUGAAGCAAGAGGACACAGAACCUUCUUCAUCCCUCAACGUAACAGAAAUUCAGACCUUCCUCAACUCACCCUCUGGAAAGAGAACCAAAAGAAGAAGGGAAAACAGCAUUCAGGAAGAUAGGGGCAGUUUUGUAACAACACCUACUGCUGAAUUAUCCAGCCAAGAGGAAACUCUCCUGGGCAACUUCCUGGAUUGGAGUUUGGACUACUGUUCUGGGUACGAGGGAGACCAGGAAAGUGAAGGGGAAAAAGAAGGAGAUGUCACAUCUCCCAGUGGGGUCCUCGAUGUAACUGUGGUGUAUCUGGAUCCAGAACAGCACUGCUGUCAAGAGUCCAGCGAUGAAGACAGCCGACUAGAGGACCACUCUAAACAGGACGCGCCGCCACCGCCACCGCUGCCAUCAAGCCACACGAAUGCUGAGAAACACUGGCUCCUUUUUCAGGAUAGGAGGGAGUCCAGAACAGAAGUGACGUCAGGCUAUUCCUCAGUCAACAGUGCCAGCCCCACAUCCUCCUCCCUGGAGAACAACUUUGGAGCAUUUAUCAAAACUACCUCAGCGCUGUCCCCCGGCAGUGACCCAAACACUCACCUGUGUACGCCCACCUACUUGGAAUCAUGUUUACAGUCUCUUCACACCAGUCCCGUUGAAAGUGGCCUGCACCGGAGACAGGUGAAGAGGAAAAAUGUGGCUGAGCAUAGUGACAAGAAGAACUUGGGAUUCUGGAGUCUGUGAUUUUGUGUGUGUGGUGUUUGUCGCUUUAAAUGUUUACUAAGAGGAGAAUUUCUGUAAUGCCUGCUAAGGGUUGUGGGGGGAGGCCAAAAAUGUAUAUCUUAGAAACUCCAAAGGCAACAGACGUACAACCUGCUGGGGUCUCCCAGACCGGCAGCCUCAGCACACGGAAGAUGGAGAAAAAUCACUGUUGGCACCAAGUGGAACUUUCUUCCAUUUAGUUCUAUGCAAAACAAAAAGUGCACAGUUGAACUCUCCAUCGAAAAGAGUAAUACCAAAUCCUUCUCUCUGGCAAUGCGGUGCCCCGAGCAAUCAUGCCUUAUUGUGUUAAGUCUGUUUCUUUCUGUGGGGUCUGCCCUAGUUCUCACCUAAGGUCUCUUUCCAGGGUGAUUUUUUUACUGAGUAAACUGAUGUCUACGCACAAUCCAGUGCCGUAUUCUAGGCUUCAAGCAACACUGAAUUCAAAGGCACAUUCCCUGGGACUUGCUUUAUUGAUGUUGCCUUUCAGAGUGACAGCCAACGGGCUGGCCACCCCUAGCAUUCGGCAUGGUUCUCUGGUACAGUGACUCUACCUACAGGGUUUGGGCUGGGCCUUGGGGAACUACAGAUCUCAUUCAGAAGGGAUUCCAUUCCCAUGGAGCCCUAGAAAUGUGUCCAGUUGUGGCAGAGGCUAUUUUUUAAGAGCUAAAAAAGAUGGUAUAUUUUAGCUCAGAACUCCCCACCGCUAAUCAGGUUGUCUGAAGCCUUCACUGCCAAGUGCCUUCCCCACCAACUUUUAGCUCUUUACAGAGAGUUGGUCUUUACAAUAAAAGAGUCAAAUACUUUUUUUUUAAAUAACCUCAUUCCUGUUUGCAUCUUUACUGUCUCUACAUCCAGUGUUGGUGCCAAGAACUGCUCUUUAUACAGUGGGUUUUAAGACCACUCUUAGUUUAUUACCAUUGCACUGCUCUCACUUAAAUUCAUCCUUUAAGAUGAAAAUAAACUCAAUUUCAAGAGGAAUAGGAUUUUUUUUUAAAUUCCAAGCCCUAUUUCCAAAUGGCAUCAUGACAAACAUAUACUGAAAGCAUUUUCCUCCAGAUGUGAUUUCUUCAACCUGCUUCCUGCCUGGAAAUGGCCAAAUAGGUUGGGGGAGGGGGGGAGAAUGGACAAAAAACCAAUGCAGUUUGGGCUUAAAGGGUUUUGUCAUUGUAAAUUGUCUGAAAUGGAAUAACACUGAAACUGUAAAGUAAUUGUUUACUUUUAUUAAUUACUGUGGAUGAAUGCCAGUUUUGUAAGCGUCCCUUUAACUAUGCAAUAUUGAAGAAGUAAUGUGCAAGCCAAUAGCUUCUCCUUCUACAUUUUCUCUUGGAAUUAGUGCAGCAGACAGGAUUUCUAUGGAAACAUGCCUGGGGAUGGGAUUGUUUUGAGGCUUAAACUUAGAAACUCAAACUUAAGGAAAGUCUCAACUGCUUUUAAAUUAAAAUGAAAAAAUAUGUACGUUAUGAGGGUGUUGUUAGAAGGACAUUAUAGAUAUUUGAGAAGUUUAAGGCCCAAGUCACUGGUUUCAUUGGAAAGUUCCCUGACAAUUGCAAAUCUUAGGGUGCUGUUGGAAAUCGUCCCUUUCCAUCCUCUUCCUUCCCCCUCCGCAGCCCCUGCAGCCUGCUAAAGGGGUUUCAGGUUAAUCCCAAAUUCUUGGAUUUAGUAAAUUGAGUAAUGAUGAUGGAAAGGAACAUUAAAUUGUCCCAUUAUUCCUGGUUGAGCCUUUUCUCAUAUUGUUUUAAAAAAAAAAACACCCUCCAUGUUGGUGCUACUUUUAGAAAAUUGCAAAUAUAGCUUGAAAGUGAAGUUUCAGUUACAGGAAAAGAUUGCCUGGUCCUUAGUUUAUCUACCAGCAAACUUUAGGCCCUUGAAGUUGGAUUGGACUAUGAAGUUGGCUGAGCUUGAGGGACUGGAGAAACUGGAAAUGGAUUAAAAAACCUCCUCUACCAUGAGCAAAAGAGGCGACUACUUUUUUUCUUCCUUUUUCCUUAUCUUUUCUUUCAUAGCCCUGAGCCAGUCUUCUCUAUGGAGGGAAAGAGCAAGGAAUAGCAUCACCCAGCUCCACCAGGGUCCUGUACGUUUCAGCAUAAUGUAGACCUAGAAAGGAGGAACUGGUCAGCAGUAACUGGACCUUCCACUCAAUAUCAUUAACAUGUAGUGAUAGCAAGAUUCAAAGCCUUCACUAACGUAUUCAGCCUUCUGCUAUAGGGAGUUGUAUCUGGACAGAGAGCUAACCUGAAGUGUUUCCAAAUUAAUGUUCUGUCAACUACAUGCUGGCCAAAUUAUGCUUCUGAGAAACCAUUGUGUCACUGAAUUCUUGAUGUUUUCUCCCAUUUUUACCAAAGUGGCUGUCAAACUGACUCCAGAUGCAGCUUACUGUAUAGUACCAAGGGUACUGCCCCUCAGCCAAGACUCAGGACAUCAGCAGAAGCUUGUUUGCAAAAUUGUCUCUGGCCGUUCAUUGAACCAAGAAGGAUAGAUGUGAACAAUAAAAAUAGUGGUGUUUGAAUCUC